GAAAAGAAAAACAGGGCCUUGAAUCGAACUCCAGAAAGAAGCAACCAUUUUCAUUCUUCUUACAAACAAAAGCUGAGAAGUUGCUUGUAACUCCACUAAGUCUAAAACCCAUCCUAUCCCCAUUGCUCCAUUCCCGUUUUCCAGAAACCCUAGCCACAUUUCGUCGAUGAGGCAACCAUGAGGGCCCUAAUUUCAGGCACCAAACGCCUCAUUUCUUGCACCACCACGCUGGCUACCCUAUCCCGAAACUACAGCCUGAUACCGAUGGUGAUUGAGCACUCUUCACGCGGCGAGAGAGCUUACGACAUAUUCUCUCGUCUCCUCAAGGAAAGGAUCGUCUGCAUUAACGGACCCAUCAACGACAACACUGCCCACGUCGUUGUCGCCCAGCUCCUUUUCCUCGAAUCCGAAAACCCCUCCAAACCCAUCCACAUGUACCUUAACUCCCCCGGCGGCCAAGUCACUGCAGGUCUUGCAAUUUAUGAUACCAUGCAGUACAUUAAGUCUCCAAUCAACACAAUCUGUUUAGGGCAAGCUGCAUCUAUGGCUUCUCUCCUUUUGGCUGCGGGAGCCGGGGGUGAAAGGCGGUCCCUCCCCAAUGCCACCAUCAUGAUUCAUCAGCCUUCUGGUGGAUACAGUGGCCAGGCUAAAGAUAUGACAAUUCACACUAAGGAGAUUGUUCGCGUUUGGGAUUCAUUGAAUGCUUUGUAUUCUAAGCAUACUGGGCAGUCAGUUGAUGUAAUUCAGAAGAAUAUGGAUAGAGAUUAUUUUAUGACCCCUGAAGAGGCUAAAGAGUUUGGGUUAAUUGAUGAAGUUAUUGAUCAAAGGCCAAUGGCUCUGGUCACUGAUGCUGUUGCUAAUGAAACCAAAGAUAGCAAAGAUAAAGGGCCCAGUUAGGAUUAGAGGCAGUAAGCUCUUUCAUGAUUAAUUGUUGCUAUUCUCCAAUUUCAUGGCUAACCGUUUGUUUAGCAGUUUUUUGACUGUUGAUUGAUGUUAUGCUUCUGGAAUCAAUUUCUGAGAUUUAGGGAGCUUGCUAGCUAAUAUUUCAAUCAGUACUUUUAUGAGAUUAGAUGCAUAAAGUUUUGCUAGCAAAAAUUUUUAUUUGAGAAUCUUUUAGGGAUGUGCACUUUAGUGGAAAAGUAUAAAUGAAUGAGUGUUUAUAUAUGUACCUACAUAUAUAUAUAUAUAUUUUGUACAAAGGAAGCUGCAGCUUAGGGAUAGGGGAAGGUUGCAAGUGCUGGAUUUGCUAUUACAAUGGUUAUUUUGGUUUUGAUGCCUCUUAAUUUAGAUAAUCUACUCUUUGCAAUCUAAUUGGGAUUGGCAAAGGAUAAGAAAUACCAUCGACAUGAUUAAAACAUUAAGUUUCCACCUCACCCCUUCCCCAAUUGAAGUAUCGUACUCCCCUUUUCUCUCUUGCUCUAAUAGGUUUUGAAAAUAUAUUCCCUAAAUUAGCAACUUUAUGGUGUCUGGAAAUUAAAUCAUUAAAGUGCAAACAAGUUUCUCCUUGUCCUUCUGUUCUUUUGAUUUAGCUAGAGGAGUAUGGUUUUUUGUCAUAUAGAUGCAUUGAACCUAGAAUGAGCCAGGACCUUGACUUGUUAACCUGCAUUUUAGUCUCCAUGUAUAAUGAAGCUUCCUACUGAUUCUUUGUUUCCUGGUUGCAAUUUUCAAAUGUUGGUUACUUAGGACAAGAUCUUCAAGGACAUUAUGUAGUAGGAUAAAAGGUUAGUGUGAGAUAUGUUGAGUGUCUUAGCUUCUUAGGUUUCUAUGCAAAAGUGAAACAUAUUGAAGCAGCUAUUAGGCAUAAGUCAAGGGUUUUAUUGGAGUUUUUGAAAGACUCAACCUAGCCAUAAUCUCAAACUGGGUGAUGCCUACUCCAUGAUUUGUUUACAAUUUGUCUUAGGGCUAAAUGCAAGGAGGAUGCUUGAUGGAUUUCUUCACAAAUUUCUUGGUUCUUACUGAUGUUUGGUCUGUUUUUCUGUGCCGUUCUUGUUCGAUCAAUAUUAAAAUUCUUCAGACCCAUGUUUUAUACGACUGUGAUACAAAAUUGCACACUAAUUUUAGACAUUCAUUGAAUUUCAAGGCUCUGGAUUGUUCCUGAGAAAAUUAUGAUUGAAGGUGUUUUUCAAAAAGAAUUCUAAACAUUUCAAUUAUGGUUCAAAUGAAUAGUGGUAGUAUUAGAAUUAGGUGCAAAUAUGAUAUAGGUGCAUAUGUGAUUUCUGUUGAGAAUAGUUAUCUGUGGUUUUCGAAAUGGUGAGAUGUUGCCAGUUGCUAUGACUGUCUUGUGAAACCGAAAAUAGUUUCGAGGAAACUGCAUAUAGCUGUAAUAUUCUUGAUAAC